AGUGUAUAUUCUGGUAUAUAGAUACUUACAAAAAUGGAACAACAGUUGGAUUGUGCACUAGAUUUGAUGAGGCGUUUACCACCUCAACAUAUAGAAAGGAACUUGAGUGAUCUUGUGGAUUUAGUGCCAGCUCUUUGUGAAGACCUACUUUCUUCUGUUGACCAACCUCUUAAAAUUGCCAGGGACAAAAACACGGGAAGAGAUUACCUGCUGUGUGACUAUAACCGUGAUGGAGAUUCCUACAGAUCACCAUGGAGUAAUGUGUAUGACCCUGCCUUGGAAGACGGUGCCAUGCCCUCUGAGCGACUGCGGAAGCUGGAACUGGAAGCUAACCAUGCUUUUGAUCAGUACAGAGACAUGUACUUCGAGGGUGGAGUAUCAUCAGUCUACCUCUGGGAUUUGGAACCUGGCUUUGCUGGUGUUAUAUUGAUUAAGAAAGCUGGAGAUGGCAGCAAGAAGAUCAAAGGGUGCUGGGACAGCAUUCACGUUGUAGAAGUCAUUGAGAAGAGUAGCGGACGCUCUGCGCACUACAAGCUCACAUCAACUGCCAUGCUGUGGCUGCAAACCAACAAACUAGGAUCUGGCACCAUGAACCUGGGUGGUUCUCUUACUAGACAAUCAGAGCAAGAUAACACUGUGUCUGAGGCAUCUCCUCACAUUGCAAACAUUGGACGCAUGGUGGAAGACAUGGAGAACAAAAUUCGCAAUACCCUGAAUGAGAUAUAUUUCGGCAAAACCAAGGACAUUGUAAAUGGCUUACGUUCAGUCCAAAGCUUACCCGAUCAGAAACAAAAAGAUGCUCUGCGCAACAGCAUCAAAGAAGCUCUCAUCAUACGCCAAGCUCGUACCACUUCCCAGCCGUCUGAGUGAUCUUACUUUGGCACUUGAAAAACGCUAGCCUCUCUCGCCUUAACCCUUCAAUGUGCAAAUUUUUGCCAGCAUAAAAGAAUUUAUUCACGGUUUUUUUGCCCACUAAAGAAAUUUUUACAUUUUAAUUUUUAUUAAGGGAAGAAACUUAGUUUCUUGUCAAAGAUCAUUUUCUAGAUUUUUUCUGAUGCUAGCGUUGCAGGGGAUCUGGUACAAAUAUGAGACAUGCCCAUAAUGCUUCAAAAGCGUUUACUCCAGCACACCGUGCCGGUUUGCUCAGGUCACUCGAUGCAUUUCAGCUUGUUUAUCCGCAUGGGUUUCUGAACACAAAUAAAUAUAUAUACCCAGCAAUAUUAAAGGAAGCGUGAGCACAAAUCUUUUUUUUUAACAAGGGUCUUGCAUUGCAGAGGCUUUUUACCUGUUUCCCUGUAGUGCGGUGAAUGCACCAAUGCUAGGUAUCUGUUGCUAGCGCGGCAUCGGUGUUACUCUGCUACCUGCUCUGAUAGUAGCUCUAGUUCUCAUGUUAUUCAGAAUUAUCAAAUUUUAUAUAAACCAACAUUUUCAUAGGAAAUUUUUCCGUUCCUUCUAUUGCUUUAGAUUUGUUUGUUUUCCCCAUAUACAGUUGUGUAUGUUAACUAACUAGAACGUUUUCUGUUAGUCGAUGUUUUUUUUAUAUUCUGUACUUGAUGUUUUCAGACUCCCACUAUUUAUAAUUAAUUUUUUUGUAGAGCUUAGGUUGUACCUUGGAAUUAAUAUGCUAUUUCUCCUGUUAUUCAUUUCUUGUGAUGCUUGAUUUGUGUCAAAUCUAAAUCUUAUCUUUUA